UUUAUUUAUUCUUUUUUAAAUUAUUUAUUUUAAUUGUAUUUGUUUAGGAUUUCAUUUAUUAGCUUGUCAUCGACCCCAGCUGUUGACUGGAUGUGGAUUAUGAUUGUGGAUUAUCCUUUUAAUCAAUACUGUGUUUCGGAGCAUUGAAGAAGCGGGGAAGACUUAGUCAUCUGAAGCAAGGUAACAGACCCCUCGAGGACCACACCCGAGAUUUCCUAGACCUUGCAUAUCUCACAGACUUUCCUGAUUUUGCCCUCAUUGACUUUUAUUGUUACGGACUUUAAUGAUCAGUUUCAAUCUAAGCCCAUCCAUGAUGGUCCGCGAGGAUCAUUGAUGGAAUUCUUGGACUGUGUGCUGUUGUUGAGUGGAUACUUCUUCACUGUUGGGGAAGUAGAGGGGGAUGUUUCCCUUAAAUAUCUUUUUUGAGGCGGGCGCCAUGCAUCAAGCCAUCGGAGCUUGGCCCACCACAGUCACCAGCAUGUCCAAUUAAGAUGAUCGCUAGUCCAGUACUUUCAGUACCUUCCAGUCCGGUUGUUCCCACACCACAGCCUGUUCGCAACAGGGCCGCCACACCAGAGUCUUCAGCCGUCAUGGACGCCACGUCAGUGUUCCCGGUCGUCAUGAACAUUGCACAUGAAGCCAUUAAGGCAGACCCUAGGCAUUUGAGACUGGCUUCAAGUCUGGAGGACACACCGCUAAUUUCAGUGCGAGAAGCUGGAAUCUCUGCAAUGGUAUCAAGUCUGUGGUCCCAUUGUCGGUUGCACUCCCGGUUACGGCAAUGGCCAGCCCGUGAGUCUGCUUCAGCCCAUGAGUCCACCCCAGAGCCCACAUCAACCCAUGAGUCCACCCCAGGGCCCACUAAAGCCCACGAGUCCGCUCCAGCCCAUGUAUCCACUCCAGCACAUGAGUCCACUCCAGAGCCCACAUCAACCCACGAGUCCACCCCAGAGCCCACUAAAGCCCACGAGUCCGCUCCAGCCCAUGAGUUCGCUCCAAAACCUGCUCCAGAACUCACUCCAGCCCAUGAGUCCACCCCAGAGCCCACAUCAACCGAUGAGUCCACCCCAGAGCCCACUACAGCCCACGAUUCCGCUCCAGCCCAUGAAUCCACUCCAGCCCAUGAGUCCACUCCAGAGCCUGCCUCAGCUUAGUUGUCAUCGGCUCCGCCUGCUCCACUGUGGUGGUCUGCGCUGUUGUGGUGGUCCACAACAGUCCACUCCAACCCAUGGGUCCACUCCAGAGCCCGCCUCAGGUCAUGAGACCGCUCCAACCCAUGAGACCGUUCCAGAACCCGCUCCAGCCCGUGAGUCCACUCCAGAGCCCGUUUUAACCCAUGAGUCCACUCCAGAGCCUGCUUCAGCCCAUGAGUCUAUUCCAGAACCCGCUCCAGCCCAUGAGUCCACUCCAGAGCCUGUUUUAACCCAUGAGUCCACUCCAGAACCUGCUUCAGCCCAUGGGUCCACUCCAGAGCCCGCUCCAGCCCAUGAGUCCACUCCAGAACCCUCUCCUGCCCCAGAGCCCAGUCCUGUGACCUGCGAACUUCCUGUCUGUUCUGACAUGACCACUGAGGUUGUCCCCAAGUUUCCAGUCUACCCUGAUGUGAACACUGUGGUCGUUCCUGAGCUGCCUGUCUGCCUCGACGUGGCCACAGAGGUUGUUAAUGAACUUUCUUCCAGGACUGAGAUGACCCAAGAGGUCAACCUUGAACACCCUGCUGGUCCUGUUAUGAUCAUUGAGGACACCCUUGAGCUCACUGUUGGGUUUUACAUGGUGCCUGAGGCCAACACGAACCUCUUUGUGCUUUAUGUUUCAGUUUUGAUCAGCUGUGGUGGUCUUCAGUUCCACCAGACUCCGCCUUAGUUGUCAUCGGCUCCGCCUGCUCUGUUGUGGUGGUCCUCUGCUCCACCGUGGAGAUCUUCAGUCCUGUCAACUCUGCUGUGGGGGUCUCUAGCAUUGCUGAGGUGGUCUUCUGCUCAGCCUGCUCCACCCUGGCCUCCUGCACUACCUCUGUCUCUAGUCUGUUUGUUUGUGUAUGUCCUUUUGCCUGGAUGUGGAUUACGCUUGUGGAUUACCCUUUUAAUAAAUAUUAUGUUUGGAUCCUCAACCUUUGUGUCUCAGAGCAGUACAGGACAAUUGAUUGUUUGUUUUAAAUUAUGCGUUUCAUUUCACUUUAAUUUCAAAUAGAAAUUAAAAUCUUUUUAAUACGUGUUUUAUUUUGAUUUGAUUUUAAAAUUGUUUAUUU